GACCGUGCGUUGACGAUUGAGAGGGAUUGUUCCGCAGAGUACCGGUAAGGGAAACAAAGGUACCGGUACGCUCUCCCAUCCAUUUCGCCCUCGAAACAAGCUCUUAUGCAGAACUAUUUUUCCCCUUCUUCAUCCAAGAUACGCUGUCCCAACAACUGCGCAUUAAGCAGCUACUUUACCUACCGCAUGUAGACCAUGAGUACCCAUGCUGAUACAAGUACAAGUAGGUUAUCACGACACCGGCAAACCAUCAUGGUACCGGAUCUCCCUUUUCUGCCCAUCCCAAGAUCAAGAGAAUGUUUCCUGCUCCCUCCCGAGCCUUUUUGCGAGGGAAAAAGUAGGCAUCCUCCCUAGAAAUCUCUGUGUGUCGAGACUCCCAACAAUAUUCCAUUGCGUAGCCCCAAAGGGUUGAGAGCUUGACCAUGCAGGGGCUGACAGCGAGGUUCCCAAUCAAAACGGAAGGAAGCCCCCGCGCACCAUUUGCAGGGAAAAUGGAGAAGAACGCUGGCAGCUUGUACAGUACAUAUCCUCCCUCACUCUAGUUCUUCCUCCUCCUCUUCUUCCUGUCCUCCUUCCAGAUUACACUUUUUCCUUCACUGAGUCUCGACCAACUGACACGAUGCAAGCCGCCGUGGAAUCAUUCAUCCCGUCACUAAAGGUAGCGUUUCCUCCAAGUUCAUGGCUUGCACUACUGCCAUCCCCGUCUACCGCUUCCCCGACAAUUCCACCCUCGGCAUCAAAGUACCCUUUCACCAUCUCCGAAUCCCUCUACACCGCCUUCCUCGACCCCCGGGUACCAUUAUCGAUUGCAGCGGCUUAUGCCGCCGCCGUGCACCUUCUCAAUUCCCGGUGCAACGGAAGACCAUACUACAUUGCCACGACACGGAUAUUCAAGGUGUUUGUACUGCUUCACAAUCUUUUCCUAGCUGUUUACUCGUUGUGGACAUUCAUUGGGAUGGCUGGUGCCAUUCACCGAUCAAUUGUGACUUCUAGGGGAGUUCCGGGAGUGGUUGAGUCGUUGUGUAAGAUCAGACCCGAGACUAGAUUCGAAGGUGUGGAGAUUAAAGAAAUGGAAGGGGGCGUCGGGCUCUGGGAAGAAGGAUUGGCAUUUUACGGAUGGCUCUUCUACUUGAGCAAGUUUUACGAGGUCCUGGAUACUGCCAUCAUCAUCGCGAAGGGAAAGAAGAGCAGUCUUUUGCAGACUUAUCACCAUGCUGGUGCAAUGAUCUGCAUGUGGGCCGGAAUAAGGUGUGUCGAUAUCCCCCCCCCCCCCCCUGAAGCCACUAUCUCUGGAUCCUGAGGCUAAUUGAGGAGUCCAUAGAUUCAUGUCGCCACCUAUCUGGGUCUUCUGCAUCUUCAACUCACUGAUCCAUACCCUCAUGUACUUCUACUACACCCUGUCCACCGUCCGCGUUCCCGUCCCGAAUGCCCUCAAGCGCAGCCUUACUUCCCUCCAAAUCACCCAAUUUGUUGUUGGCGGCUCACUCGCCGCUCUACACCUCUUUGUCUACUUCACUCCUACCACUUACCUGCCCGGUUCCCUAACUGAGGUCGCUCCAUCCUCCUCGGCCUCCGCUUCCAUUUCCAACCAUGGAAUGCCGGUGGAUGUCACGGCGUCCGGAAUGGUUCACUGUCUGUCGAACCCUGGAGAAGUGUGGGCCGUUGUUGCCAACGUCGUUUACCUCACACCGUUGACGUAAGCCUAUCCCCAUCCUCCAACCAGCCGACAGGAUCGACAACUAACAGCCAAAUAGUUACCUUUUCGUCAGCUUCUUUGUUGAAUCCUACACCAAAGGCGGAAAGACCAGAAGAGCUGCGAAGGCUACUGCUUUCGCCGAGAAGUCGACUUGAUGAAACACUCCAAAAACCGCUGAUACGCCCGCACGAACUAAAACCGGUGAUAAAAUAAAAACAAAAUUUAACGGUUGGACGAAUCUAGAUGGACACGCAACGGAUAACGGUAGGCUUUUAUGUGUUAUAUGGGCAAUGGUGGGGAAAGUAACCCCCUGCCCCGCGCAAUUUUUGCGCAGGGUGAAGAACUGUAUAUAAUUAUCCUUUCUCUUUUCCCUUCAUCACAUCAUUCUUCCAGUAUGCCGAGGGGAAGCACGGCGGGACCAUAGAUUUCCUCCUGUACGGUGUGCAGCACGAGUAGGAAUUGCCAAAAGUGC